AUGCGUGAGAUCUCACGCCGUACGCUGCGCUUCACAACUAGUACCUUGUUCAAGCGAUCGGCAUGUGUGGAACCACCCGUUGUGCGAGAACAUAUUGAAUUAGGAACAGUGGCUAAAAAAUGCGGUCUGAACAAACUUGUAAGAGAGUCGAGUUACGAAUGUAUCGACAGUAAACUUAUAGAGUUGAUGAACGCUGGAUUAGCAGCACGAAAAAAUGAGGUACGGUUAACCGUUCAAGUUGCCGGAUUGAUGAUAGCAUUCUCAUUAGCCUUCAUUUACAACGUCGUCAACUAUAUUCUCAUACAAACAGGAGCGGAUGGCUUUAUGAAUCAAUGGAAGCUACUGUAUCCGCUCAUGAAUGCGUUUUUCUCUUGUGUUCAGCCAUGGACAUGUAUAUUUCUCAAUUAUGACAUUCAAGCUAAUAACAGUAUGUUUACCUCUAAUAUAUCAGCCAUGACUACUGUAAAAUUGUGA